AACAUGUCGCGGAUUAUGGGAUCUAUAUAAAAGCGAAGAACGUUUGCGCUGAUCCAACUAGUGUAUCUUUGAGCCUCAAAGCGAAUCACGAUGAUUAAGCUAUUCCUUAUUACGUUGCUUUGCAUGGCGAUGUUCGUUGAUUCCCAAGAAGACCAAAUGAAUGAAAUGGGAACAGGACGGAAAGCAAGCGCUGAUAUAGCUAGACAUGCUAUGAUGGGUCAAGGUAGUCCUUUAUUAAUGCAAUAUGCAGCACGAAAUAGAGGACUACAGGGAAGAGGACUACAGGGAGGAUCACAGGGAGGACCACAGAGAGAUGGACCAGCGGGAGGAGGACCACCGCGAGGAGGACCACCGCGAGGACCACCACCGGAAGGAUCACAGGAAAAUGGAUCACAGGGAGAAUGAGAUCAGGGUUAGGUUGGGGGUCGGGGACAGUGACAGGGAGGGGGAGGAAACAUACCAGGACCGAAUAAU